AUGCCCAGAAGGAGGGGCACGUACCGAAUCGUUCCCAACGCGGUCCGGCGGUCGGCCGCCCUGCUGUCCGAUGAAGAGGAAGACUCCAGUGCAGCAUCAGCAUGGCAGGCGCGGUACGACAAGAUGGUACGAGAGCAAGAGGCAGAGGAGGCACGACGGCGAAGCCUCCACCCGACCGAGCGACUAGCGGAAGACGGCGCGAAACUCCGGACAGAGAUCGAGUCGCACGACGACAUGUCGGUCGUGCUCGAGGUGUCGGCGUCGGCCCGGGCCGUGUGCCGCGCCGGCAGGGACUGCUUCUAUAUCCGUCCUCCUCCUUCCGGCGGCGAUGACUACUACUAUCAAGCCUAUCGCGACGGUGGUGGUGGUGGUGGUGGCGCUGCGAUCCAGGACGACUUCCGCAUUCGUGUCAACGGCGUGCGCGGAGAGCUUGCCCAUUGGCGCAUGCACCACUUCUAUCAUGUUCUCUGCUUCGUUGCCAUGAUGGAUGUGGAGGAGCUGAUCCCUUCGAGGAAAUUCACGUUCGAAUGCGGGCCGGGCUGGGGGCUGAUGGUGAGGAAGUGGGAAAAGCACCGGGGGCGGGUCGACUUGGAUGUGCUGGCUAAGUUCAUCGAUGACAUGGAGCAGUGGGAAGAAGAAAAGAAGGAGGAGAACUCCACAUCCGAGACUUCUGCAGCUACUACUAGUAGUACACAGGAGAAAAAGCCUGUGCUUCGGAACUACGUCACUACUACGAGUACGGACGCUGAGGCGGGAACGAACCUCUGGGAGCUCAUGAAGCACCCGCACAUCUGGAAAGGAACAUCCUUCAUCCUCCCCACCGCGAACGGACCCAAGGCGUAUGGGCCCUGGGCCGAGAGCUGGGAAGAAGAAGAAGAUCUACCAUCAGAGGAAGACGCCCUAACCCAGCGGAGAGAGUCGUAA